UAGGUCACUAACAAGUACAUGUACUGACUAGGCAGGUUCUAUAAAAUGGAUCGUCAAAGGAGUACAAGUAGUACUGAUCUCCAGUCACAACUGAAUAACAUACUGAACAACAACAAUAGCCUUGGUAACACAAAGAACUACAAUGAAUCUCAGGGCCUCAAUGCUUAUCUUAUUGAUCUUGCCAUGCAAGCCCUACAUGAAGAUGACCUUUCUGUUUUCUGGAACAUUCUUGGGUAUUGCACGGAUAAAAAUGCUCCAAAUGCAAAUCGUGAAUAUCUGGUGCAUAAAAUCGCAUCUUUAGGUUCAACUGAUUUCCUUGAUGGGCUUGUUGAAAAAAAUGUAGACUUGGAUGUGAAAGAUCGGUUUGGGUAUACAGCUAUCAUGAUGGCUACUAUAAACAGUCAUUUAGCAACUUUGAAGAAACUGGUGACUACAGGAGCAAAUGUUAAUUUGAAAACUAUAGAUGGCAAUACUGUAUUACAUCUAGCCUCAUUCUGGGAUAAACCAGUAGGAUUAGACUUCCUUCUUAAAUCGACUACACUGGACAUCAACCAGAGAAACUAUCUCGGAAAUACUCCUUUAAUUUUAGCAACGAGAGCUGGGAAUGUUACCAUUAUUAAAUUACUCACAGCUGACACUCGACUCAAAAUCAAUCUCCAGGGGGAGGAUAAAAGAACGGCUGUACACGAAGCAAGCCUUCAAAAAUCUAGCAAGAUUUUGGCCAUUUUAGCGGAGUAUGGUGCAUAUUUUGAUGUCAAGGAUGUCGAUGAUGAAAUGUCUAUUCAAACAUGUAUCAGAGUACACAACUUAUGGGGAGUGAAAUACAUAAUACAAAACAACCUCACAAAAGUUUUGUACGAUUCCAACGAGGCGAAGAAAUUGAUUAACCUCUCUAUGGACACUCAAAAUUGGAAAAUUAUGCAAGCCUUAAGAAUAGCAGGGUGUAACAUUUCCAUCCCCUCAUCAAAUUGUCAAUCACAGAAGGCACAGUGGGAACCUUCAAAGAUUAGAUCCCUUAAGGAUAUUAGCAGGGUUGCAGUAAGAAAGACCAUGGUUGGAAAUAGGUUUACUGAAAAUCUGAAAUAUCUGGACAUCCCGAAAGAGCUGGAAAACUACCUCAAAUAUGAUGAUCUGAAUACAUUGAUAAUGUAAUCGAUCUAUCUAUUAACAAUAAACAAUAUUAUUAACAAAAUACAUAUGUAUUAUCAUACAAAAUUGAAACUGUUAAUGUAAUCCAAAUAGUGUUCCAUUUAUUAGUGAGAACUAUUAU